AUGCAGUGCUUCCCCAGCCUGGUGCUCGCGCUCAGCUCGCUGCUGGGAGCCCUGGCGUUGCUGCAGCUCUCGCUCUACCUGCGGGUGCCGUCCCGUUACGGCAAGCACGAGGAGCGGCUGUGCCGUCCGCGGGGCCGGCUGCCGGCGCGCUGCGCCUGGUUCGUGCAGGAGCUGCCCUCCUUCCUCGUGCCCGCGCUGCUGCUGGCGCUGCGCAGCCCGCCCCGUCUCGAGCCGCUGGGCUGCCGCCUGCUCUGCUGCCUCUUCUGCUGGCACUACUUCUACAGGACAUUUAUUUACCCCUUCUUCACUAGAGGCAGGCCUUUCCCGCUGCAAUUGCUUUUCUUUGGCACGCUAUUCUGUAUCUAUAAUGGCUUCCUCCAGGGGUACUACCUGAUCUACUGUGCUGAAUACCCAACCGAUUGGUGCACCGACAUCCGAUUUACAUCAGGCCUCCUCUUAUUUCUUCUGGGAAUGGGAAUCAACAUUCACAGUGAUCUCCUGCUGCGCCAGCUGAGAAAACCUGGGGAAGUAACUUACAAGAUUCCUCAAGGAGGGCUGUUCACUUAUGUUUCUGGAGCCAACUACUUUGGAGAAAUUGUGGAAUGGUUUGGUUUUGCCAUCGCUACCUGGUCUCUACCAGCCUUCACCUUUGCCUUUUUCACUCUUUGCUGCAUUGGGCCCCGUGCUUACCACCAUCACAGGUACUAUCUCAAGACAUUUACAGACUACCCAAAAUCAAGGAAAGCUUUGAUUCCUUUUGUUUUUUAAUGACUUGGAUAUGGAUCCU